AUGAACGCUGUUGUGCCUGUUUCUAUGGAUACUCCGCAUGGAAAUGCGCAUCUAUCGUCAGAUCAGAAGCGAAGCUUUUCCAAGAGAAGAGGCGCAGGCUGGCAGGGCAGUCGUUGUCCCACAAGGCAACAACUGAAGGCCAUGGCGAUCAGCAACUGGGGAUCGAGCCAGGCCAGGGAUGUCAGGAACCCUGACCCGGGAGUUUCUACUUACGGAUUGACCAAUUAG